GAAUAGCCAGUGUAAUCUGACACUUCAACUUGCCGUGCUCCACGGUAGUUGAUUCAGUCAGUCACUCACACCGUCUCCGGGGCUCUCGCGUCGUCUUUGUGGAGUGUGGAGGGAGCGCGCGCGAGAGCACGAGAGAGAGAGAGAGAGAGAGAGAGAGAGAGAGAGAGAGGAGCGCAGUAAACACGAGGUUUGGGAGAAACAAUACGCGCGGAUUUCGCCCGCUGAGGUCCGAGGUUUAAAGUAAGUUUCGCGCCGGCUCGUGUGAUCGCUGUGCGUGCGGGUUGCUGAGGACGGGGGUUGCCUCCCGCUGGACGGACACUACCUGCUGACGACAGGGUGACCCAGAAACCCCCAGUAGCUGCUGGGGAACUCGUGUCAAAGAGAGGGGCAGAUUCCGAUCGGCGAUUAAGGAGGGGGUCAGCGAAGGACCGUGCGUGAGGAAUACAUGAAGGGGCGGGGUGGGGGAGUGGGCGGCCACCACAGCGGCAGUACCACCAAGGUCAAAGUUCACACAGACUCGCUCUGUGAUUGAUGAGGAUUAAGAAACGGAUUUUGCCUAUUAGGAAAAACAGGAACGUCCACAUCCACUGAGUACAGAACCUUUAAUGGCGUCCCGGUAGAGACAUCAAGAUGAACACGUUACCAUCAAUGGACCGGCACAUCCAGCAGACCAACGACAGGCUGCUGUGCAUCAAACAGCACUUACAGAACCCGGCCAACUUCCACUCAGCGGCCACGGAGCUGCUCGACUGGUGUGGAGAUCCCCGGGCCUUCCAGCGACCUUUCGAGCAAAGUCUCAUGGGAUGUCUGACGGUGGUGAGCCGCGUGGCUGCUCAGCAGGGCUAUGACUUGGACCUGGGCUACAGGUUGCUGGCUGUGUGUGCUGCCAACAGGGACAAAUUCACUCCCAAGUCUGCAGCCCUGCUGUCGUCGUGGUGCGAGGAGCUGGGUCGUCUCCUCCUGCUGCGUCACCAGAAGAGCAGGCAGAACGAACCGCAGGGGAAAGUUCCCAUGCAGCCCAGUAUGAACAGCAUGAAGCCCGGCCUCACACACAGUGAUGGAUCCUUUCCCUAUGACUCUGUCCCCUGGCAACAAAACUCCAACCAGCCCCCUGGGUCAUUGUCUGUGGUUACAACAGUGUGGGGCGUGACCAAUACGUCACAGAGUCAGGUUCUAGGUAACCCAAUGGCCAAUAGCAAUAACCCCAUGAAUCCUGGAGGUAACCCAAUGGGAUCAGGUCUGUCUGGCAGCGCGGCAGGGCUCAACUCACCCCAGUUCAAUUCUCAGCAGCAACAGUUUCAAAACAAAGGAGGCUCCAACCAACAGUACAUGCAGCAGGGCAUGUACGGCAGGCCUGGCUACCCUGGAGGUCCUGGGGGAUACAGCGGGAGUUACUCUGGUGGCCCAAACCCUCCUCAAGGAGGCAUGGGAUUGAACUCCCACUCACGUUCUCCUGGUGACUUCACUCAGCCAGCCGCCGCUGCUGCAGCUGCUGCUGUCGCUGCUGCUGCUGCUACGGCAACGGCCACAGCAACGGCCACGGUGGCAGCUCUGCAGGAAACCCAGAAUAAAGAUAUGAACCAGUAUGGACAGAUGUGUUCUUCGUUCCAAAUGGGCCCUACGCAGACCUACAACAGCCAGUUCAUGAACCAGCCGGGCCCACGAGGCCCCCCUGGAGGUAUGAAUCCUGCCAGCAUGGGUUCAGCCAUGAACAACCCCAAUAUGAGUGGACCUCCAAUGGGCAUGAACCAGGCUCGAACCCCUGGCAUGGUGCCUUUUGGGGCUCACGGCCAAAGGAUGCCUCAGCAGGGGUAUCCUGGAGGACCUCGACAGAGCAUACCCAUGCAGGGGAUGAAGAGGCCAUAUCCUGGGGAGGCAAGUUAUGGGGGUCAGCAGUACGGACCGAGCAGUCAGUUCCCACCUCAGCAGGGGCAGUACCCCCCAUCAAACGCCUCCAGGCCGCUGCCAUCUCCCAGCUACCCCGGACAGAGGAUGCCAGGGCAGCAGGGCCAAGGACAGUACCCACCUGGCAUGCCCAUGGGCCAGUACUACAAGCAAGAGCCCUUCAAUGGUCAGAGCACCAACUUCUCUGGAGGCGGAUACUCCUACGGACAAGGCAAUGGGCCCCCGAGGCCCGUUAACUACCCCCACUCCCCGGUCCCUGGAAACCCCACACCCCCUAUGACCCCAGGAAGUAGUAUCCCUCCGUACCUGUCGCCAAACCAGGAUGUGAAGCCCCCGUUUCCACCCGACAUGAAACCAAAUAUGACAGCACUUCCGCCCCCUCCGACUAACCCCAAUGAGGAGCUGCGGCUGACGUUCCCAGUCAGGGAUGGAGUGGUGCUGGAGCCGUUCCGCCUGGAGCACAACCUGGCUGUCAGCAACCACGUCUUCCACCUUCGACCCUCCGUCCACCAGACCCUCAUGUGGAGGUCAGACCUUGAGCUCCAGUUUAAGUGCUACCACCACGAAGACAGGCAGAUGAACACCAACUGGCCCGCCUCCGUCCAGGUCAGCGUCAACGCCACGCCCCUCACCAUCGAGAGGGGAGACAACAAAACCUCCCACAAGCCCUUGCACCUGAAGCACGUAUGCCAACCUGGAAGAAACACCAUCCAGAUAACAGUCACGGCCUGCUGCUGUGUGAGUACACACUAUCAAGACAAUUCCCACCUGUUUGUGCUGCAGCUGGUCCACAGGCCAUCUGUGCGAUCCGUCCUCCAGGGGCUCCUGAAGAAGAGACUCCUUCCUGCAGAACACUGCAUCACCAAGGUUAAGAGGAACUUCAGCAGCGUGGCAGCCUCUGCAGGCAGCACGACUCUAAACGGGGAAGACGGCGUGGAGCAGACGGCCAUUAAAGUGUCGCUGAAAUGUCCCAUUACCUUCCGACGCAUCCAGCUACCCGCACGGGGGCAUGACUGCAAACAUGUCCAGUGCUUUGAUCUGGAGUCCUACUUGCAGCUCAACUGUGAGAGGGGGACAUGGAGGUGUCCUGUGUGCAAUAAAACAGCAUUAUUAGAAGGUCUGGAGGUGGAUCAGUACAUGUGGGGAAUCCUCAAUGCCAUCCAAAAUUCAGAGUUUGAAGAGGUCACUAUAGACCCUACAUGUAGCUGGCGACCUGUCCCCAUAAAGUCUGAGCUACACAUCAAAGAGGACCCUGAUGGACCACUUGCCAAGCGCUUUAAGACCAUGAGCCCCAGUCAGAUGACCAUGCCCAAUGUGAUGGAGAUGAUCGCCCAGCUAGGGCCCGGUUCAGGACCUGGACCUGGCCCCAUACUUGGUCCCAGCCCUUACCCACCACACCCUAGUCACCAUCCUAGUGGCAACGGGGGAGAUUACCCCGGAGCAGGCAACAGUUACCACAGCCAAGGGAGCUUUGACUUCCCUCAUGGGAACCCCUCGGGAGGUGGAAUGGGAGGAGGCGGAGGAGGUCCUGCUAUGAACGACUUCAUCCAUGGCCCCCAGCUCUCCCACCCGCCUGAUGGCCCUGGUGGUCUCCUCUCCCAGGACAAGCCCCUCAACCACGGCAUUAAUGAUGCAAUGUCCCAUACCAAUCAGUCCCAUAACUCCAUGCAGCAGAGCUUGCAUGCGUCUCCCCACCAUGGCGGCCAUUCAGGGCCGCCCUUACAUCACAGCGGCCAGUCAGGGCCGCAGCUGCAUCACAGUGGCCAACCAUCGCAGCAUCCUCGACAGUCGCAGCCACAGCAGCAGUCUCAGCAGCCGGGGCAGAGCGGUCACCCCCACAGCGAUCUGAACUUUAACCCCUCCUCAGAUGGGCCGAUGGGUCAGGGAGCCCAGGAUAUGCCUGAACCCUCUCUGGAUCUGCUUCCAGAGCUGGCCAACCCUGACGAGUUACUAUCGUACCUGGACCCUCCCGACCUUCCCACCAACAGCAACGACGACCUUCUCUCCCUUUUCGAGAACAACUAGCCCCUCUCCUCCCCUAGAAAACCCUCCUGCACCUACAGGAGUCGCGAUGUGUUUGACUGUCCGUCCACAGACACCUCACCGACCUCCUAUCGAUAGUUCAAGCAGCUUCCUAUGCUAAUGCACGCACACACAUACACAGUCUGUCAAAAGAUAAUGUGUGGCAUAGGAGCACGGCUGAAAAGAGGCGCCUGUUUGGGAACCCAGAGGGAGAGAGCAGGAACGCCACUCAUCCCUGCACUCCCUUUAUCCUCGUGUAAAGAUUCCACGUACCAGUUCCACCGCCUUUGACUCAAAACACACCAUUUACAGCCAGCCAUGUUGGCGGGCACUAAAGUGAUAUAUAUAUAUAUAUAUAUAUACAAAAUAUAUAUAUAUAUAAGAUAUUUGUGACUUUUUAACAGAAAACUGUGCAGCUAUAAUCAUCAUGUGUAAACAACACAGAGGAGACAGGAGCCUUUGUGGGCUUUAGGAAAAGUGUUGUAGCUUUCUUUGUUCUUUUAAUUCAGAUUUUCUUUUUGUGGAAAAAAACCCAUUGUCUUGUUAUAGUGUUUUUAUCCUAUUUGAAAUGUGUUCUUCCAAAACUUUGGCACAUGCCAUCAUGCCAUCAUGCCCUUUGACCCCCCAGACUUCUCUGUGUGUGAGUGCAGGACAGUUGAAUAACUGGAACUCAUCUGAAUCAGAGCACUGAGAGGACGAGCUAAAAUGUCCUUGAGUGUCAACAGAGGAAACGAGCGCACGUUGUGCAAUUUUAGAGAGAGAGAGAGAGUGUGUGUGUGUGUGUGUGUGUGUGUGUGUGUGGGAAUGUGUGUGUGUUGGGGGGAAUGUGUGUGGGUGUAUGUUUACGUGUCCUCUUCGUUUGCCUGCGAGCGUAUGAGAGAGACAGCGGGGAGAGACAGUCUGAGACCGAGGAGGGAAGAAAAAUAUUGAAUGGAAGAAAGUUAACACAAUCCACUUUAAUAGCUGUCGCAGUACUUUUUCUCCAGUCUGUAGUCGUUCUCGUGUAUUUAUUGUAAUGUUUCGCUCUUCCUCAUCAAAUUCAGCACCAUUUUGUCCACAAGUGCAUGUGUGCCAAUGGCUCCUGUUGUCUUUGUCCAGCCUAAACGUGCUUGAUCAAAUCAUUUUCUCUCUUUGUUUUUAUAUUUAUUAUUUUAUUUCAAAUUCAUCAGUUGUUGUUUUUUUUUUUUUUUUUUUAAUUGUCAUCCUUUUUUAUGUGUUUUAUCUUUGUCCCACAUUGAAAUGAAUCAGAUACACAUCACCAAAGUUGUCCUAUGCUUUUUGUAAGUGGUUGGACCUGGAUAUUAUGUUGAUGCAAGAGCAGGAUUUCAACAUCCUACAGACGUCUACAGGAGUUUUUAAAAUCACUGUGUUUUAUAGACGCGUCUGUGUGAUUGUUCUGAUCUUUCCUUUUGUCGUUUUGUUACUGUUAAACUGCAUCUUUUUGGGAAAAAAACAUCCUGCAUGAUCCAACAGUGUUUCCGGAACUGUUGUAUAUACCCGUUGUGAAUACUUUGUGACUGUACAGUACUGUACCUAUCUAUUACUGACAACUACAUGGUACUGUAUGUCUGUCAAGGACUACGCACACACACACACACACUCACACACAAGGAAUCCCUUUUUAACCAGUCCAAUAUUGUACCGAAUUGAUCCAAAUGCACUCUCACUGGCCUUGAAUUUGGUACCUGUGUAUUGUUUAUCAUUACCCUGUGACAAUGUAUCAGUGAAAAGGAAUAUUCAGAUUGGUCAGCAGGAAAGUUAUCAGAGUUAUUUUUUUCUUAUGUAUACGAAUUGGUCAGCUUUAAAUUUGGUGUUUUCUGUCUAAACGGUUGUUAAUGCAGCUUAGAGGUCCAAAUUUCUCAAAAAAAUGAUUUGCGCAUUAUUAUUGGAACAAGUGACCUCGUCCUCUUUAUUUAAAGUGAGAAUGUGCAAAAUGUCCUCUUGAUUGUUUUGAGAACAGUACCUAUCUAAAAUUUGGGAUUUGUGUAUUUUCAUCACAUUUGCUAUUGUUUUAAGUUAUUUUUGUCCACUUUUUUAAGUAUAAUUUGGUUUACACAGUUUUAUGCAGUACAUUAAAUAAAUUUAAACAUACUGUAUGUUAUUGGACAAAAGUUCCCCUAUUUGAGAUUUGUAAACCAUUUAAAGAACCAAAAUAUGGAUUUACUGAUCCUCAUAACGGAUCAAAUCACCUGCAUAUAACACAAUUGAAGGAUCAGAUGUUGUCUGUGUUUGUUUAUAUGUUUGUUGAAGACAAUGCACUGCCGCAUUGGGAUGUUUUAUUUCCCUACACAGUGUGUAAAUGUAACUGCAACCUUUCACGAAAUCACGUCUAGUAAUUUGACACAAAUUGUACUGUCUGAUUGCAGACAUUUGAAAUUGAGUCGAGGAUUUAAAAGAGAAUGCAAUUAAUGUUGUAAAAUGGAAUUUUAUGGGGGGAGACCCCCUCCUGUUUGCAUUACAAGGGGAGGUUGUGGCAGAGGGUUGGGGUCGGGGAUGUAAGGGAUAAUGUAUAUAAUGUAAAUGACAAAUAGAGACACGUUAACAGAAAUGUAUUCAUUUUCUCCAGGGGGAGUGUGCAUAGUGUAUUUAGAAUUUGUAAAGCUUGCAUCCUCCUGUCAGACGUUGAAUUGGCAAAAUGAGUCUGUGUUCGAUUGCGUCUGUGCAGACCUCUCUAACCACGCCUGUUCAUUUAUGGAAGAUACUUUAUGUACCCCUCCUCAUGGGGUUUCAAAGAAAAAAACAGACAUUUUUCCUUUGUGUAAUAUUAAACUUCUGUGUAUUUCUCUAUUACCUGUGUACUUUAUAAAGGUGCUACAAAAUUAUGAAAACCUUUUGAGGUAUAAUUGGGACUUGGAGACGUUGAGGUUCUAGUGGCUCUAAAGGGUUGUUUCCAAAUUUACAGUUUGUACAAAAAAUAGUCAAAUUUAUAAUUCUUAUGCAAUUUGGCAAAAUAUGCUAUAAAAGGUACAAUCUGAAGUGAUUGGCACAGCAGGUGGCAGUUGUCGCUUUGGUUUUGUACAUUCUAUGUACAAUCAUUUCAUAUUCUAAACUGGUCAGAAAAAACAUUGUGAUUUUUAGUCUUGCAAAUCUGUAUGUAGUUAGAUGA